AUGCUGGAGAACGGCUCCCUGAGGAACUGCUGUGACCCGGGCGGGCGCGGCCGCCUGGGCUUGGCGGAACGGGAGGCGGCGGCGGCGGGCGCCCCGCGGCCCGCCUGGGUGGUGCCGGUGCUGUCCAGCGUGCUGAUCUUCACCACCGUGGUGGACAUCCUGGGCAACCUCCUGGUCAUCCUCUCCGUCUUCAAGAACCGCAAGCUUCGGAACUCAGGUAAUGCAUUUGUGGUGAGCCUAGCUUUGGCUGAUCUGGUGGUGGCCUUGUAUCCAUACCCACUGGUGCUCUUAGCUAUUUUCCGCAAUGGAUGGACACUGGGUGAAACGCAUUGUAAAGCCAGUGGCUUUGUGAUGGGACUAAGUGUAAUAGGCUCUAUUUUCAACAUCACUGCAAUUGCAAUAAACAGAUAUUGCUACAUAUGUCACAGUUUUGCCUAUGACAAAGUGUACAGCUGUUGGAAUACAAUGUUGUACGUCUCCUUAGUCUGGAUAUUAACAGUAAUUGCAACUGUGCCAAAUUUUUUUGUUGGCUCUUUGAAGUAUGAUCCACGCAUCUAUUCAUGCACGUUUGUCCAAACUGCAAGCUCCUACUAUACAAUAGCUGUGGUGGUCAUUCACUUCAUCGUCCCUAUCACCAUUGUCAGCUUCUGCUACCUUCGAAUUUGGGUUUUAGUGCUUCAAGUUCGAAGACGAGUAAAGUCAGAAACAAAGCCAAGAUUGAAGCCAAGUGACUUCAGAAACUUUCUUACCAUGUUUGUUGUUUUUGUGAUUUUUGCCUUUUGCUGGGCACCUCUAAACUUCAUUGGACUGGCUGUAGCCAUUGAUCCUACGGAAAUGGCACCAAAAGUUCCUGAAUGGCUAUUCAUUAUAAGUUACUUAAUGGCCUAUUUCAACAGCUGCCUUAAUGCAAUAAUAUAUGGUCUUCUUAAUCAGAAUUUUCGGAAUGAAUAUAAACGAAUUUUAAUGUCACUGUGGAUGCCAAGGCUUUUCUUCCAAGACACAUCCAAAGGAGGAACUGAUGGCCAGAAGAGCAAGCCUUCUCCGGCUUUAAACAACAAUAACCAAAUGAAAACUGAAACCUUGUAA